CGGAACACAAUCUGCUUUUUCUCUUCACAUUUUUCGAUGGGGUCAAGGUACGAAGUCGAAGUCACCGUAACCUCCGCCAAGGAUCUGAAGAACGUGAACUGGCGUCACGGCCAACUGAAGCCGUACGCCGUCGUUUGGGUCGAUCCGAAGGCGAAGUGUUCCACCAGGGUCGACGAUGAAGGCGACACCAAUCCUUUCUGGGACCAGACCCUUGUCAUUCCUCUCAACGAUUCGAUCGAGGACUCGAAGCUGUAUAUCGACGUCGUCCACGCCAACGCCCACGAGGACACUAAGCCGCUCAUCGGAUCGGCUCGGCUCCACCUCCGUGACGUCGUCGAUGACGUCGGCCUUGGUGAACGGUCCCAGCGCAAGCUUGAACUGAAACGCCCCUCAGGUCGUCCUCAUGGCAAGUUCGAAGUCAAAGUUUGUAUCCGCGAGCCACGCUAUCGUGCGCCGGAUCCAUACUAUGCACCUCCUUAUGGUGUCCCCCAAUCGGGUUCUAGGGACUACGGUGCCCCGCCAUCCUAUGGUAACGCGUAUGCUCCACAGCAAGGUGGAUAUGCCCCACCAACUGGGGGGUACCCUUACAGUGCGCCUCCUUACAGUCAACCAAGUUACGGGCAGCCAACUUACGGGCAGGCCAGUUACGGGCAGCCUGGAUAUGGUCAGCCCAGCUACGGUGAGCCAUACAAGGAGGAGAAGAAAAGUAAGUUUGGGAUGGGGACAGGAUUGGCUGUGGGUGCGGCAGCAGGGCUGUUAGGUGGACUCGCAAUAGCGGAGGGUGUUGAUUAUGUGGAGGACAAGAUUGCGGAUGACGCGGCAGAUAGAGUGGAGGAUGAUCUGGGUUACGAUGAUGGUGGUGAUGACUACUAGAUUGUUCUGUGGCCUUUUAAUUUGCGUUUGGCCUUUUUUAAUGGUUGUCAAUUUUUCAUGAGUGGCGUGUUGCUUGGAGUAAUGUCUACUUGUUUACCCACCGAAAAAGACGUUGAAAAACUUGAUUAAAAUAAUAAAGUUUAAAUUAUAAGAAAGUGUAUUGAAUAUUUUAAUCUAUGUCGUGGAUGUUAAUGAUAUAUUCUCAUACAUGUGACC